UCGGCGGGGACACCGGGCCCUGCGCGGAGGGCCACGGGGCGGCGGCGGGAGGGGGCGCUGCGGCACCCGCGUGCGCGACGCGGAGGAAGUGCCGUCUUCGCCAGCUUCGCGGGGCCGCCGCAGCCGCGCCGCGCCGCGCCGCGAUGUCGUCCCGGCCAGGGCGCGACGACGCGGGCGCCCGGGGCGCGCGGCGGCCGCGGGAGCCGCCAGAGCAGGAGCUGCAGCGGCGCCGGGAGCAGAAGCGGCGGCGGCACGACGCGCAGCAGCUGCAGGAGCUCAAGCACCUAGAGUCCUUUUAUGAAAAACCUCCUCCUGGGCUUAUCAAGGAAGAUGAGACUAAGCCAGAAGACUGUAUACCAGAUGUCCCAGGCAAUGAACAUGCCAGGGAGUUUCUGGCCCACGCACCAACCAAAGGACUUUGGAUGCCACUGGGGAAAGAAGUCAAAGUCAUGCAGUGUUGGCGCUGUAAACGAUACGGUCAUCGAACCGGCGACAAAGAAUGCCCCUUUUUUAUCAAAGGCAACCAAAAGUUAGAGCAGUUCAGAGUAGCACAUGAAGAUCCCAUGUAUGACAUCAUACGAGAGAAUAAAAGACAUGAAAAGGAUGUAAGGAUACAACAGUUAAAACAGUUACUGGAGGAUUCAACCUCAGAUGAAGAUGAGAGCAGCUCCAGUUCCUCAGAAUGUAAAGAGAAACACAAGAAAAAGAAGAAGAAAGAAAAGCAUAAGAAGAAGAAGAAAGAAAAAAAGAAGAAGAAAAAACGAAAGCAUAAGUCUUCCAAGUCAAGUGAGAGUUCAGACUCAGAAUGACAAGAAGUUGACUUGUUCAGCAUUCUCUUCUCAAAAAUCAAACACUGUGGCCAAAGAUGAGAGGAAUGUGGGAUCAGAGAGAAAUAGGAGAGAGAGUCACCAAGAGAGGAGGAGAUUUGGUGUCACAGGUGUAAAUUCUCACCUACCUUCCAGUAAAGGUGUGACCCAGAGGAGAGUGGGUUGUAUCUUGCCAGGUGCUAGCUCUGGGCAGUGGCUGAUUUCAGGUCAGAAAGCUUUUGUCCCUGCUGAUCACUGUGGUUUGUGAUCCCUUAGAAAUGCCUCCUGCAGGGUGGCCAGACUAAGGGAAUCUCUGAGGAAGCUCCUCCAGGUGCUGCCACAGCUUUCACCCUCCUUGGUGGGGCUACUUACUGCCCAUAGACUUCAGGCUUGACUUUCCUCUUGUUGAGGAUAAUAAAAGCUCAUUAUUUUAUUUAUUAAAAAA